UCAAUAGGCUUCUAGAAAGAAGGCGAAGUUACUUCGAGAGUUCGAACCAAGUUCUUGUUCGAGGACAUGACUGCAUUCCUUAACUCCAGACCUCAUGUAGCCUUCUGAUUUGGGUUAUUCAACCAGAUAGACGAUACGAAUUUCUCCUAAUUAAUUUUUUUCCACCUUCUCAUUUGAUUCCACCAGGGAGAGGAGAGAAGUGCGACCCCGUGCUGGAUGGAUGGUUAUGGGGAAAGGAGCAGGAGGACCUUCGGCGCUUGAAGUCGGCAAGAUCCUUGUUGUGUUUCUUUGCCUGUUUCCUUCUGUGAGUCUGCAGUGUAAGAUCCUCAAGUGUAACUCAGAGUUUUGGGCCUCCACCUCAAGCUCCGGCCCGGAGGAGGAGUUCUGUACGGCACUGCGGGCGUACAACAACUGUGUACGCCGCACCGCACGCACCUGCAGAGGCGACUUAGCCUACCACUCAGCCCAACAUGGCAUAGAGGAUCUCAUGAGCCAGAACAACUGCUCCAAGGAGGGGCCUACAACUCAGCCUCGAGCCCGGACCCCCGCUCCACCACCACAGCUCCAGCCUGACAGCCAGGAGCGCUCCGAUGGACCGGAGCAGUGUCAUUACGAACGCAGCCUUCAUCGCCAAGCCUCACCACCCAACUACACCCACUGUGGCUUCUUUGGAGACCCGCACCUCCGUACUUUCAGCGAUGACUUCCAGACCUGCAAGGUUGAGGGAGCCUGGCCACUUAUCCAUAACAAAUACCUGUCUGUUCAGGUGACCAACACACCUGUCGUGCCUGGCUCCUCUGCUACGGCCACCAGCAAGUUGACAAUUAUCUUCAAGAACUUCCAGGAGUGUGUGGACCAGAAGAUGUAUCAUGCAGAGACAGACGAGCUGCCUGCAGCGUUCGCCGAUGGCGCCAAGAACGGCGGAGACCGCCACGGGGCCAACACGCUACGCAUCGUGGAGAAGGUGCCUGGGCAGCAGGUGGAGAUCCACGCACGCUACAUCGGUACAACCAUUGUGGUCCGGCAGGUGGGGCGAUACCUGACCUUUGCUGUGCGGAUGCCAGAGGAAGUAGUGAACUCUGUAGAAGACCGAGACAACCAGGACCUGUACCUCUGCCUGCAUGGCUGCCCCGCCAACCAACGCAUCGACUUCAGGACAUUCAGGGCCCGUGCAGUGGAGGGCCACGGCCUGAGCAGGACUGGCAGCCCUCCCCAUGGGUUUACCUACAAGGCUGCCAUGGCUAAGUGUAAAGAGCGCCUCCCAGUGGAGGACCUGUACUUCCAGUCCUGUGUGUUCGACCUGCUUUCCUCUGGGGACGUCAACUUCACCAUGGCUGCCUACUAUGCCUUUGAGGAUGUGAAAAUGCUCCACUCCAACAAGGACAAAUACCACAUUUAUGAAAAGGAUGCAUUUGGGAGUAAUGCGGCGCCAAGGGGAUCAGAUGUGUUCUCGCUAGUCCUCCUCAACUUUCUGGCUGUGUUGUUGUUCAUCUAUAGUCCCCUGCCAACAUCAUCCUCAUUAUGCUAGCUGUCAGUGGGUGUGAAACAGUGCUCUCACCGUGUCAUACUUCACCACCACUGCUCUGUCCUCAGUGGCUGGUGGCCAGUGGAGUCAGCGAGCCCUUCCAUGCCUCUGAGGGGACAGAGCAGCCCAUGUGCAAUCAAACUCAUCCCAGCCAUGGUUUCAUCAUUGUUUUGUUGUUGUCAUCAUGUGUUGACUUCCAUCUGGUGGUGAGGUGAGCUCUAUGUGCUCCCACCUAUCAUUACAUUCAUUCUGCUGGUUUAAGGACUGGUCCUUUGAUGAAGGGGAGCGGUGGUGAGUGAGAAGAGCCCAGGAGCCCCAGUACUUUGGAUAUCAAGCUGGGAUUAAAUCCCACAUUUCCACUGGGACUGCAUGUGCCUAUGGGAAGUGAGAUGAGAUUAUCUCUUGCAGAAAGAAGAGUUUGCUGAUCUCCUCACGGGUUCCAAGCCAGUGGAGCUCUCUGUGGCUCAUGGGUGUGGGCUAGACGACAUGACAGGGGCUUUUGUUAACCUCUGGCCAGAAGUAGCUCCCUGUUUGAUGAUCUUCCAGCUUUGGAAAAGCUGUAGCUUUUUGGAGGAAGCUCUCAGCCAAAAGGAUGUCAGAGCAGCGAGUCUAGUUGUCUGCUGUGGAGAUUAAUAGGUCAUAACGCCAGGUCUUUUGUAACAUUGUGUGUUUGUUUGUCUGUUUGUUUGUCUGUGUGUGUGCGUGCGUGCGCACCUCUGUGGUUAAUUGUGUGCUCCAGAAACGGUUGUGUGUGAGUGUUACUCAAAAGUGCAAGAAAUCUUUCCUUGGGAGAAAUAUUUCCUAAUGUUGUUAUAUUGCACCCCAGGUUCCAAUAUAGACCCGUCAUGGUGGCCUAGAGUCAGUUGAAACUGCCUCUGCCUGCCAAGUGGUUACUUCUAAGUGAACUGGCAGACAGUAAAAAAAUAUUUUCACAACUUUUUACUUGUCAAUCAGUGUCAAAAAGACUUAGUUCAAAUAUUGCCGUUUUUAAAGUGUUAAGUAUGAUAAAUGUAUUUUUUGUAUCAGGUCUAAUUAGGAAUGGAGAUGUUAAUAAGGAAAAAGCCCGGAACAAACUUUACCAAGGGCACACAAUGCAGAAACACAGAUCACGUUUACACAGUAUCUCUCUUCAUUCAACCCAUCAACCAACCAACUUUCAUGUUCAAUUUCUACAGAUCAUUUGUGAAUGAUUUGUCUUGUCUAGGCAGUCAACAGUUCCCCGCAGAUGUAUGUAUAUUGGCAAUGUGAUGGGUUUGAGAAAGGUAUAGUCACACUAGGUUAAAAUAAAAUGUUUUCCCACCCGAGGUGUGUUUCCACCAAAUGGACUUGUUGCGGAUACAAAUCAGUGUGAUGACGUAGUGCACACAACAUGUACUUUAAGUUCAAUGUGUUUCCAUCGUAUUUUCAACUCUACCGAUAGUUUUGUCACAAAUUGUAGAAAAUGUACCUACUCUGGUCUUGACACAUGCGCUCUAGCCAACAGCUGGCAGAUACAGUGCAGGUAGGCUAGUCUACAUUGUUAUGGAUAAGAGCAAGAAUAUUUGUCAAAUGGCAGUCAAUCAUCAU